AUGUCAGCUCAGAACUCCGCGGGCAUUCAGACCCUCCUCGAGGCCGAGAGAGAGGCGCAGAAAAUUGUUCAAUCAUACCGCACUAAGCGGAUAAGGGACGCUAAGGCGGAAGCACAGAAGGAGAUUGAAGAGUACCGCGCACAGAAGGAGGCAGAAUUCAAGAAGUUUGAAGCCGAGCACUCGAGCGGAUUCAAGAAGGCCGAGGACGAGGCCAGCCAGGAGGCUGAGGACAAGCUGAAGGAGAUCAAGACUGCUGGUCAGAAACAGGGUGAUAAGGUAGUUGCCGAUCUGAUCAAGGCUGCUACCAAUGUGAAGCCUGAGGUUCCCGAGAAGAUCGUGAUCAAAGCAUGA